AUGGCUGAAGAAAACACCGCCCCCGCGCCGCAGGCCCCGGUCGCGCGCCCCAGCCGCCCCAUGAGCGAGGCCCUGCUUAACGACAAGUGGGACCGCUGCCUGUCCUCCAUGCUCAUCCGCUCUGGUCUCGGCCUCUCCUUCGGCAUCGUCUUCUCCGUCCUGCUCUUCAAGCGCCGCGCGUGGCCCGCCUUCGUUGGUCUGGGUUUUGGUGCCGGCCGCGCCUGGGAGGAGUGCGACAACUCUUUCAAGAACGCCGCUGCUCCCUCGAGAGACGGCCUGCGCGUCUACAGGCAAUAA